AUGACCCUCCGACGUGCGCAUUUAUCACAAGCCCGGAUAUUGCUGAUAAUCCGCGGAGAAAAACGGGCGUCAGGGGGGUGGGCGUGGCCGGUGAACGGGCGGAGCCUGAGCUCCGGAGCUCAAGGGCUCACUUUUGCCGCUUCCCUGUCAAUGCUCCUCAUUGCCAAAACGUGGGUCAUUUAUUUAUUCAUGUGUUAUUUUGGGAUGGGAAUUUGGCUGCGCAUCAGCUAAGUAUCAAACUACGAAAAGUUUGGAAGUUUGGCCAUGUAAGGCCAUUUUUUCUCCGAGUUUAAUAGUAUAUAUUUGGCUGCGCAUCAGCUACGUAUCAACUUAAAAAUUUGGGGGAAAAAUUUAACCAAUAGUAAAAUUGAGAAUUACGCAGUAUAGGACUUUUUUCCGGUCCGGCUGAGUUUAGGUGUAUACAGAUUUGGCUGCGCAUCGGCUACGUAUCAAUUUUAGAAGCUUCUAAAAUUUAUCGAUUUUGGUUUUUAGGGCUUUUUUCGAAGAUUUACUGAAGGAAUAUUGGUAAUGGAGUAUCGUAAAUUUAGCUGCGCAUCAGCUACGUAUCAAAUUCUAAACACUUCUGAAUUUCCUCACUCAAAAAGUCAAGUUUGGUUUUUAAAAAGCCGUUUUUUUGGAUUUACUAAUACAAAUUAGGAAAAUGAGAUUUGGCUGCGCAUCGACUACGUAUCAACUUCGAGAAACUUUCUGAAAAGUAUGAAAUUUUAUUUUAUGUCCGUUGCUCAAUAAGUUUCCAGAUACUUUUUCACAAAAAACGCUUCAAAUCCUAAAUUUCACUGCGCAUCAACUUAUUUGCAUACUUUGGCUGCGUAUCGACUUUCUCUGAAUAAUUUAAUAAGUUCGAGAAAAGGAAAAAUCUGAAAAAAAUUUAGCCUAAAAUUAAAUAUUCGAUCGAAGUAAAUUUCAUUUAAGUGAUCGCUUUUUUUCGAGUUUUUUUAUAAGUAUCUUUGGUCUGAGAAAGCCUCAAAUAUUUCGCUGCGCAUCGACUCAAUCCACUCCGUAUCUAUUUUGUGGCCUCAUAUCUUUUUUGUUAGUUUCUGAUUUAUUUUUUCAAUUUUCUCUUCAAAAACACAGUUUUCAAUCAAGGUUUAUUGCUCAAAAUUGGCUGCAAAUCCCUUUUUCUAAUUUCAUCUGCCCUUCUAGAGCGGAAAACACCCAUAAAUUUUCUACGAAACGUCAAAAACAGCCGUUUUCCCUGCACGCUAAAAGUUCAACCAAAGCUGAUGAGUAGAAAAAAAAAUGAUGUUCCAAUAAAAUCUGGAGAAGAAGCAAUAAAACACGAGGAACUCGGGUCUAGACCCGGAAAUCCUCGAAAAUCCCUUCACUCUCUUUUUUUUUUGGCCCGGAUUAUAUUAUUUAUCUCCUCACCCACACAUGCCAAUUUCAUCAGGAAACUGAAAUGGAUGUGGCCGGAAUUUUUAAUGGCAAAAAAAAUUGGAGAACAAAAAGGGUGGGUGGACUUGAUCCUGGGAGCUUUUGAGUGGCAUUUGGGAGCUUUAGCCAGUCGGCUAUGGGCUUUUUUUUGUAUGAUAUGCUUUUUUGUUCAUUGGCGAGUGUGUGGAAGCUCACUUUGUGAAGAAAUCGACCAAUAAAUAAUUGAAUAUUUGAAUAAUUGAAGAAAAAGUGACUUAAAAAUUGACACUUUUUGAGGCAUUUCAAACUUGAUACUCAGCCAAACGAGUUGAUGCGCAGUGAAUGACUCAAUUUUAAGCUGAAAUUACACUCAAAAAUGCCAACUUUUCGAAAAAAAAAACUGACGACAAAUUUUCAAAAAUUGAUACGUAGCCGAUGCGCAGUCAAAUCUUCGAUUUUACGCCUCCUCAGACAAAUGAUACUUAGAAAAAACUCGAAAAAGCGGACACUUAGCGGAAAUUGCUCUUGAAUAACUGAUGAGGAACCAAAUUUGAAUAAUUCCUUGAUACUUCCUUCCUCGAUUUAAUUUUAUUAUUUGCGGAAGUUGAUACUCAGUCAAAGUAAGGGUAAGAGUUGAUGCGCAGUGAAAUUUCUCUUAGACUGAACAGGUCAAUUAUCUUAAUUUUUAAAUAAAUAGCAAAAGUUUGGUCAUGGAGAGGAGUCGAACCCGCGACCUUUUUUGUGAUGUUUAGAGCUUUAGCCACUUGACUGAAGGUUUAUUAAUCGUAGAAUAGUAAUUUUAUAGUUACGUAUGAAUAGUUUAAAGCUAGAAUCCUCAAAAAUUCAUGAAGGGCUCGAACCUGUGACCUUUUUGGUGACACUCUGGCGCUUUAGCCACUUGACUGAGUUUCUUUUUUUAAAAGUAGGAUCUUUAACAUUGACAGAUCGAAUCUCAUGAGCUAAUUUAGACAAGAAUUUUGAAAUAAAGCUCAUUUUUGUUACCGUGAGAAUAUUUUUCCGUUUUUCAUCAAGGGGGAUUGAACCUGCCACCUUUUUCAAGAAGUUUAGAUGCCUUAGCCACUCGACUAUUAGUAAUAACCUUCAACUUUUGGUCCAGUAUACUGUACUUUGAAUCUCAACGACCAUCAGAAUGUCCACACAUUUUCCCUAGGCUUAAUAGGAGCUAGAGAGAGGAAAGAACGAACCUUCUAACGAACUGCUGAAAAAGGCCCUCAUUAGGAAAGGUCUCAUCGGCUCAAUGAGCACUCGGCGAACAUUUUUCCGUCUUCUUUUUUUUUUUCGAUUGCGAAUUACGCUGUUUUUGUGGGGACGUGGAAGCUUCAUCUUGUGGAUGAUCAGUGUUUUGGCUUGAUAAUCGAUCAAUUUUAGUUUUUAACUCGAAAUAAGGACUAGAAAAAACUUUAGGGGUCUAGUAAUCAUUAAGACUUUUAAAAAAAGGCCACUGAAACUUUAUCCACUUAAAUGGUCACUAUUUCUACUACUAUAGUGACCACUAAUACGUCAAGACCCUAAAGUGGGCACUAAGUUUAGGCGCUUGAAUUUUCAAUACCUCAACUACUAUAGUGAAACUUCAAAACCCUAAAGUGACCUCUAGCACGUUUAAACCCUAGAGGGGCCACUGAAAAUCCCCCCGGACAUUGAAAAUAAUUGAAAUUGAUCAUUUUUCGACUAUAAACACGAUUUUGAAAAACUCUUUUCUAAUUAUAUAAUUUUGAACUAGAAUGCUUUUCAUUAGGAAAUCAAAAAUAGGCCUUUUCAACUCUAACCAAGUUUUUUUUUGACUGUAUUGCGAUUCCAGAAUCGCCCGGUUCCUACAGCAAAGACCACGGUUCACCUUGGCUUUUUGGAUCGUCUCCAAUGCAUUUCUACUGAUUCUCUGCAUUUCCGUUGAACUGAUCGAUGAUGCUGAGCGAAGGGUAAGUUUGAAGGAAAAAAUUUAUAAAAAUAUGUUUUUGAGCCGUAUUUCUGUCGAAAAGUUGUGUGGGAUAGGUGGUUCUGAUGCCUUGAAAGUUUCAUUUUUUGACUUGGAAAUCCCUUCAACAGGAACACAGGAUCUGAAAAUGCUUAUUUUCAGCUUAACCUGUCCCUUAAUGAGACUUCCUGGGAGGCUGAUCUACUGAAAGACCUCUCAGGUACAGCCAAAACUCCUCUCCUCCCAGUCAAGCUAAAAUCUCUCCAGGUCGACCCGCUAUCAGUGCGGUAUUCCCAGCUGUGGUCUUACCUGCCCUGGUUCUCUCGAUUUUGACGAGAAGCCUACCUGUCGUCCUCGCCUCGAGCCUGGCUUCACUUCAGACGUCCUGCCUUCUGACCAUCGCCAGCAGAUUCGACGUCUUCCGAGAAGCCUCCACGACGAUGUUCAUUCUGACGUCGUCGCUGGUUUCGACGGCCAACGCGAUUGCGGUCAGGAAGAGCUGGGAGAAGUCGAGGUGGGAAUUCUCAGGAGGCUGUGAGACUUCAAAAAAAGGCCAGGAUCUUCGAGAUUUUUAGGCAAAAGUAGUAUGAAGCACUUUGAAAGAAGUACGGCAUGAUUGAAUUAGUCGGGAAUGUUUUUUUCCAAAGAAAAGCUGGAGAUGACCAUUCAAAGUACCCUGGAACUUUAGUUUUAUGAGGGACAAAAAAUCCGACUUGGUAGAUUUUUCCAGGCUCUCUUAGAACUCAUAGAACUGGGGAAAUUUUUAGUGGCCACUUAAGGGUUUUCACGUUUUAGUAGCCGCUGUAGUAGUGGAAUUAGUGGCCACUUGAGUGGUUGAAAAUUAGUCACCACUCUAGGGUUUUCAAGUUUUAGUAGCUGCUGUAGUAGUGGAAUUAGGGGCCACUUGAGUGGUUGAAAAUGAGAGACCACUCUAGGGUUUUCACGUUUUAAGGAUUACUAUAAUAGUCGGGUUAGUGGCCACUCAAGUGGCUAAAAAUCUGUCGCCUCUUUAGAAGUCUAAGUGGUACUACUAGACCACUAUAGUGACCACUAAGACGCAACGUAGGGAUUUCUGUAGAGGUGGUUUUAGGGGCCCCUUCAGUGUCCUCUCCAAGUAGUUUUUGAGGAACCUCUUAAGGGGCCACUAGAGUUUUUUGCAGAAUCCUUUAUCAACAGAAUGAAGUUUUACGUUCUUUCGAAAAACUUCACAAAAAAAAUGAGAAAAAUUUUACGACUUCUCAAUUUCUGGUCACUCACUUUUUUUUUCUUAUUUUCUUUGAUCGACUGAACUUUCGUGACCUAUUUCGAGUUCUACAGAAGUAAAACACUAACAUCAUUUUACGCCCAAAAAAGAAUAUUUUUCUCGGCGAAAAUUCGAUCGCACUCUAAUCUUGUUUCGUUGUGCUUUUCAUCUAAUAUUAGGUCAUUUCGGUGGCGUUCGAAAACAGAAAAAACAUGAUAUUCAAUGGGAUCUUUUUAAUAUUUACGUCAAACGAUGUUCGACAACUUUUUAGCUGACUAAUCCCCGGUUUAUUGUGUUCUUUAAUGACCAAAAGGCUUAGCCAAAAGAUCAGAACUACGAGGAGUGUGACAAAAAAAGGAAAUAGAUGUUUCAGAAUGAAACUUGAAAAGAUUCUACACAAGUUUGUAGAGGAAUUUGAUCUUUUUCUGAUCAGGAAAUAAAUUCUGGGCUUUUGGACAAGCCGGAGGAGAUUUCUGGAGGAUUUUUUCACUUUUUCUUCGUUUUCUUCGGAUUUAAAUUUUAUCUGUUUUCGCUAAAGACCCUUCAGAAUGCUCCAAAGAAGCGGUCAAAGUUCAAAAUAAUUUUAGAUUCAGCUUGACAACUUUCCUGUUUCAAAACAAAACGUGGUAGUCGAAAGCCAUUUUUUUUUUUGGUCUUUCAACUUUUCAAUACUCUUUAAGUUCGAAAAAAAAGCCGAAUUCCAGACGAGGGCCUUCUGAAUCGACGAUCGGACGUCUUCUGGUCUCCUGCGUCGACAAAAGUCUCCCCAUUUGCAUCGUCCUGACGACGACGGCUUCGCUUCUCCCACUGCUGGCGGCCCCUCUGGAUCCGCUCCAUUCCCUGACGUCCUCUGUGAUACUUGCCACGUGCUCCCUGCUCCAGAAUCUCUGUGCUCAAAUGACAGUCCUAGCCGUCCUCCUGGUCCGACACGACUUCAACUUGGUUGAGCUUCAACAACUCUUUGGACUGAAUUCAGAGUUUCAGAGCUGCCCCACGGCUCCCAGAGGCUGCGGACGUCUUCUACAAGCUUUGGUCGACGAGAAAUUGGUCUACUUUGCUCAUUUCGUUUGUCAGAUUGGCCAGAGGAUGCUGGCGUCUUCGUUGAAGAUUCCGUUGCUAGUUUUAUACGCCCUGGCCCUUUUAGUUUAUAUGUUCGUUUUCUUGGCUCUUUUAUUUCAAGCAGAGCAAUUUUUUAGGACGAAAUUGGGCCUAAGGACAUUUCUGACAAUGUAUUCUGCGUCGAAACGGGGGCAGGAGGACUGGCGGACUUUGGCCGCGAUUUCUGGCGCCUUUUCGAUGACUUUACUGCUUCUUGUCGCCAUCAAUCGACGCGUUCAGAUGCACACGGCUGCUUCGAUAGCUGCUGUUUCUGCAUCGUUUUCUACUUUUCACUUUUUUGAGGUGAGACCUUGAAAAAAUGGUCUUGACACGAUGAAAAAGGAGAUACUGUCUGGUUGGUGGAGAGUGCAGACAGGCCCCGCCCCUUAGGGUCUUAAGCUAGCCCGACUUUUUUCAGGAUUUUGUUUUGAAGAGUAAACGAGCUCCUGUGAUAGUUCAGCAGUGUAGACUGAUUUGAGGCGUUUAAUUAGGGGUUUUGCGCUCCAUUGACAAUUUUUCACUCAACUAAAAUUUCAAAUUUUCAAAGGCUUUUUUAGAAGUUUCAAAUGCGCUCUAUUGAUAAAUAGGCUGAAUCAAAGAGCUGAAAGCGAAAAACUCAAUAAAGCAGACUAACGAUUGGCUUGAGCUAUUGGAGAAAUGGUCCUGACCUGAUGAAUAAAAGAUAGUGCCUGGUUGAUGGAGAGCGCAGACCGGCCACGCCCCUUAGGAUCAUAAGCUGAAGCGGCUAGAGUGAUCUGCUCCUAUAUUAUGACCUGAAUCUUAAUUUCAAGAGCUUUUUUCGAAGCUUCAAGGUUGCUCGAAUGAUAAGCUAGCUGUAGUGGAGUGCUAUCGAGUGAAUUUAUCCAUUUUUUUCAUUUCUUUAUUAUCAGAAGAAGUUCAUCAAUCAAAAUGUUUUAUUUCUCACAUUUUUUUCAUAAUCCAUUAAAUUUCGUUUUUGAGUUUGAGAAUUUGAGUUUUCCAGGAACUCCUCUUGCCAAAAGUCGACCUCUCCCUACUCCAAAUCCUCACGGUUUCAAUAAUCCCGAUCGAUAGUUCAGUUCGUUAUUGCCUUGCUUACAAGUGCAGCCGAAAGAAGAAACAUUCGUCAAAGGUUUGGAUUUGUACUGAAUUUGAAAAUUUUUCAGGCCAAAUUUGAUGUUUUGCAAUUUCUCAUAAUGCUUUGUAGGAACAGAGCAGCCUCAUUCGAUACUUAUUUAUGACCUAGCGCGCAAGUCGUUUCGGGUCGGGCGCGCCUUGAAGCGAAUUUCUUCUUCCUAAAAAAAAAAUUGGAAUUUAUUCCAGGUCCUCGACGCCUUGGACACCGUUUUUUCCCAAAUCACAAUUCCUGCAGUCGCCAUGAUUAGCACGGCGGCUCUUUUUUACUUCCGAGAUCAAGAGCUCAUGAUGGCCCCUCUAGUGGCCACUUUAGUCGUCACUUGGUUCUCUUCAGUUAUUUUCACGUCUGCCGCUAUGAUGUUCUUCGGUGAGGCUUUGAAUUUGAGAUUUUAGGCCAAAAGAUGUUUGAAACUGCUUUCUCGGCAUUUCUCGGCACGCUUCUGAAGCUUAAAAGUCACUAAAGUUGCUGUAAAUCACCAAAAUUGACCUUCACUUUUAAAAGUCCUAAAGUUCGCUCACCAAAAUACCUCUAAAAUCAAGUUCCGCAACCUGGACCAUGUUCUGAAAAAUGGGCAAAAAUAUAUUUGAUCUCGGGCGGGCUCGAACCGCCGGCCUUCUGUGUGUUAGACAGAUGUGAUAACCACUACACCACGAGAUCACCUAACGUUAUGGAGCUUUCAGGCGCAUGGUCAUCGUGCGGACGGCAUCGUAGGGAGAGUCAGCAGUCGGAUAGCAGGUUGUUUUUUGUGUUUUCAAUUUGAAACUUAUUAGAAAGGUUGAAAAUCAGACAUAAUAUCAAAAAUUGUUAACUUUAUAUGUUUUUGUGAUGAUUUUAAAAAGGCGAUUUUGGUUAUUUUCCGUUAUUACCUGGUAAAUUCAAUAGGAAAGUUGAAGUUUUUCUUUUCAAAUUCUACACAUUUUUUUCUAUUUGAUGAAUUUCAGGUCGCUUUACACCGAAAAAUUGUCAUCGCAUCCGAUUUUUUUGACCCUCAAGACUACACCAGACGCUACAGUUCUUCUAAUUAUUAUGGUAAUCAAUUUUUCUUUCUAAUCUAUCGCAGUAGCUUCAGAAUACGUUCAGGUUAACUAGAGUUAAGGGAAAAAUUUUGAAAAAGUUGAAAAAAGACGGGUAUUUGAGGAAUUUGGAAAAACGGUGAAGGAAUUUUUUGAAAUCGCCCUUUUCUGAGCAUUUUAAAAUCGAUAUUUCGCCUUGUUCUGGAAAUAAACAAAUCAAAAAAUGAUACGUUUCAAAUUUUCAGCCAACUGCGGAGUAA